UUUUCCCGGCCAGAGCAGCAGCGGCGGCGGCGGCGGCGUUUGAGUGGAGGAAGAUGGCGGCUCCGACCGGCUCGGUAUCCCGCCAGCUGUGAGGAGCCCCCUAGUACGGCGGGCGCGGCCUGGGGCGGAGCACUUCUGCUCCGGUCUUAUCCCCGGCUCCCUCACCGCCUUCGCCAGCGGAGCGUACCCGAGAGCGUGGCGCGGGCUGGGCCAGGUGUCAAGUGGAAUGUCAUGGCCAGCUCCUCAGACAGUGAAGAUGACAGUUUCAUGGCUGUGGACCAAGAAGAAACUGUGCUGGAAGGGACAAUGGAGCAAGAUGAGGAGCCCCACCCAGUACUGGAGGUUGAGGAGACUAGACAUAAUAGGUCCAUGUCUGAACUGCCAGAAGAGGUUUUGGAGUAUAUCCUGUCGUUUCUUUCCCCAUACCAAGAACACAAAACUGCAGCCCUUGUCUGCAAACAGUGGUAUCGACUUAUUAAAGGUGUAGCCCACCAGUGUUAUCAUGGUUUCAUAAAGGCUGUCCAGGAAGGAAACAUUCAGUGGGAGAGUCGGACUUACCCUUAUCCUGGAACCCCAAUCACUCAGCGGUUCUCACACAGUGCAUGCUAUUAUGAUGCUAAUCAGUCUAUGUAUGUGUUUGGAGGCUGUACCCAGAGCAGCUGCAAUGCUGCCUUCAAUGACCUCUGGAGACUUGACCUAAAUAGCAAAGAGUGGAUCCGACCUUUGGCUUCAGGGUCCUAUCCUUCCCCCAAAGCUGGAGCGACUCUGGUUGUAUACAAGGACCUGCUGGUGCUGUUUGGUGGCUGGACGCGGCCAAGCCCUUAUCCCCUACACCAACCAGAGAGAUUCUUUGAUGAAAUACAUACUUACUCACCCUCUAAAAACUGGUGGAACUGCAUUGUGACGACUCAUGGCCCACCUCCCAUGGCCGGCCAUUCCUCCUGUGUGAUAGAAGAUAAAAUGAUUGUCUUUGGUGGCUCCCUAGGAUCCCGGCAAAUGAGCAACGAUGUCUGGGUCCUUGACCUCGAGCAGUGGGCGUGGUCCAAGCCAAACAUCUCCGGCCCUAGUCCUCAUCCUCGAGGUGGCCAAUCUCAGAUUGUCAUAGAUGAUGCAACUAUCUUAAUCCUCGGAGGGUGUGGCGGUCCUAAUGCUCUGUUCAAGGAUGCUUGGUUGUUGCACAUACACUCAGGUCCCUGGGCCUGGCAGCCACUCAAGGUAGAAAAUGAAGAUCAUGGGGCUCCGGAACUGUGGUGCCAUCCAGCUUGCCGGGUGGGGCAGUGUGUGGUGGUCUUCAGUCAGGCUCCUAGUGGGAGAGCCCCACUCAGCCCCAGUUUGAACUCUCGCCCUUCACCUAUCAGUGCCACUCCCCCAGCCCUGGUUCCCGAAACCCGAGAAUAUCGCUCUCAGUCUCCAAUAAGAAGUACGGAUGAAGCUCCCUGUGUUAAUGGCCGCUGGGGAACACUGAGGCCCAGAGCUCAAAGGCAGACUCCCUCAAGUUCUCGAGAAGGAAGCCUUUCCCCAGCCAGAGGAGAUGGUUCUCCCAUCCUCAAUGGUGGGAGUUUAUCUCCAGGAUCAGCAGCUGUAGGUGGCUCUUCCUUGGACAGCCCUGUACAGGCUAUCUCUCCUAGCACACCAUCUACCACUGAAGGAUAUGACCUAAAAAUGGGACUUUCUUUGGCCCCCCGACGAGGGUCACUACCAGAUCAGAAAGAUCUAAGAUUAGGAUCAAUAGAUCUGAGUUGGGAUCUGAAACCUACUUCCAGUAGCAAUCAUAUGGAUGGUGUGGACAGCAGGACAGUUGGGGGAAGUAUGAGACACUCUUCUGAACAGACGAAUGGUGUGCAUACACCACCGCAUGUGGCCAGUGCCCUUGCAGGAGCCGUUUCCCCAGGUGCCCUGCGUCGGAGCCUAGAAGCCAUCAAAGCAAUGUCAUCCAAAGGCCCCCCGGCCUCGGCAGCACUGAGUCCUCCUCUGGGGUCUUCUCCAGGCUCCCCUGGGGGCCAGAACCUGAGCAGUGGAGAAACAGUGCCCGUUCCCCGUCCAGGGCCUGCCCAAGGAGAUGGACAUUCCUUACCUCCCAUUGCCCGCCGUCUGGGCCACCACCCUCCGCAGUCCCUAAAUGUUGGCAAACCUUUGUACCAGAGUAUGAACUGCAAGCCCAUGCAGAUGUACGUGCUGGACAUUAAAGACACCAAGGAGAAGGGGCGGGUCAAAUGGAAAGUAUUUAAUAGCAGUUCUGUGGUUGGACCUCCAGAAACCAGCCUGCAUACAGUAGUACAGGGCAGGGGUGAACUCAUCAUAUUUGGAGGACUCAUGGACAAGAAACAGAAUGUGAAGUACUAUCCAAAAACAAACGCCUUGUACUUUGUGCGAGCAAAGAGAUAAUGUGUUCUAAAUCCCUUUCCCUUCCUGUGGCUUUUAAUUUGGAAUUUUCCAGCGUGCAAGCAUUUGGACUGAGAAUUGAGAAAACAGAGGAAAAAUUACUCUCAUAAACCAAAACGCCAAUUCCCAGCCUCACUCACUCCAGGCUGGGAUCAAAUCUCCAUUAAGAAAAAAAUUAUAUAAAUAUAUAAAUAUAUAUUAUAGAGCCAACUCUGUUUACAAAGAGGGGGAGAUCUCCGUCCUGGUUCAGAUAAAAUUGUUGCUGUGUUUUA